CAUUUUCGUUGGUUCGACUUGUUUUUGAGGAUGACACAGCAUCGAUCUGGCCAAUUUUAUAGGUGAACUGUUUUUCGUGGCCGUAUGUUUCAUUGAAUUCUAUUCUCCACCACCACGCACCUCUCAGUGCUUGACUCUAGGUUUGUACUUACCCAUGUAUCUCGUGUUGGUCCCACAUUAAUAAACGUUGUGGUUUUUGAUUUUGACACCGUGUCCGCUCGAAGUCUAUUCGCCUCCCCAUCUUUUACGUAUUGCGGCCUAUGAAGUCGUAAUUUUCUCUGAGAAGUCUGCCAAGAGUCAUUUUUUCUCCAAAAUGUUUGUCGUCUUGCACGUGAUCCACCCACUCCUUGGCGAGCCAAUCAAGGUGGACGUGAACACGAAGAAGCGCACGAGCCACUUGCGGCAAAUCCUGGCCACCGAACACGGGAUCGCGCGGACCAGCAAGCUUUUCGUCCGCAGCGUGGAGCUGGAGGAAAAGCCCCUGCAGGAGCAGGGCGUCCGGGACGGAACGCAGGUGAUGGUGAAGCUCCCCGAGCAGUUGACCAUGACCAAUCAGUCCAGCCCCCGAGGAGGUAAUUAUGGGUCCGGUUCUCCGCGGCAAAUGCACCGUCGGAACCGGCAGGAAACCUCCUCGAGUCCGAUGACCACUAGAAAUCACGACUUUUCCGCCAUGUUUGCCUCGCCGCUUCACGGCGGCACAACAGCGGCUCAGGGAAACCCUAGUUCCACCAGCACAGAGCAGCUGUUCGCGCUACCGCCGCACUUGCAGAUGUUGCAGAGCCACUUGGAGCGGAACCCGGAGGUGCUGCAGCAGAUGCUAAGUUCGCCCGCGAUGAUGACUUUGCUGAACGACCCAGAUUUGCUGUUUUCCGCCUUCAACCCCUCGACUCGCGAGGCGGUCCAGAACGUGCAGCAGAUGGCCGCGCGGCAGGAGCAGGCGAACUUGAAGAAGAAGAAGAAGAAAAACGGGCAGCAACAGCUGGUCAACCCCUUCGCCAAGUACGGCUACGGGGACAAUAAAACCGCGAAGAAGCUAGACUUCGGCGACGGUGUGGACUGGACAGUAGAGGGGAAUCAUGAGAAAAAAGUCUACGACCCGCUGUUGCAGCUCAACCCCGAGAUGCACGAGCAAGUGCGGCUGGACUUCCGCGACCCGGGCGCCGUGCGUGACAAUCUGCUGCAGAUCGAGCAGGGUUUCGGCAGUUUGCUGGACGGUGGGGACAAGUUGAAAAAGGUCACCAACCUGUACGACGGAAAGUUUUUGCUAAGAGAACUGGAGAUAGAGGACGAGGGGGAAGAGCUGCAGCAGAAUUAUGCGGCGAAGCCAAACGGGUACGGGGCAAACCCGAUCUCAAUUGACGAGUAUAACAAAAGCAAUACAACGAACGGAAAUAAUCGCGACGACGCUCCCGCCUACGACCCGAACGCCAUCGCCUCGCUGCUGCAGGACAAGACACUGCAGGCGCUGCUGAGCCAGUUCAUGGAGGUGGCGGAGCGGAAGAACGCCCAACUCGCGGACCCGCAAUUGGUGGCGACGCUGUUCGACCCGCGCACGAUGGAGGCCUGCGAGGCGGUCGAGAAGGCCGUCGGGGAUCUGCAGGAGGAGGGGAUCGGGAAGAGGAAAAGAAGUGCGGCAGUGAACUUUGACCAGACCAGCAUUGCCUCCAGCGCCGGGACAGGGACCACGACGAGUCAGGGCACUUCUACUGCGAACGGACACGGUAAGAAAAAAGGCAAAAGUCUACUUCGUGUUGGCGAUGAGGAGCUGCAACAACAGCAGCAGCACAAAGCGGCCUUGAUGAACAACUACAUGCGGAAUCUGGAUUCCAUCGCGGAGUUGGACAAGCGGGGCGAGUUUUCCUCGAAGUUCGGAAUUUUUCUGGAAGCGAACCAGAACAACCCGGAGAAUUUUUACAAGUCGCAGCUGCAAAAAAUGCGCAACGCGGGUUUUUUAGACACGCAGACGAACAUCGCGGCCUUGGAUCGCAACGACGGCAAGGUGCAGCGGGCAAUCGAAGCGCUGUUGCUCGAACAAACGAGGUGCUAUGGCUAA